AUGACCCCUUCCUCCACCCGCCGCACCCCUGCCCUGGCCGCCGUGUCCCAGGGUAAGCUCCCACUCGUUCCUUUUUCUUCCCCUGCAGGAGGGCAGUUCGUGACCCACACUGGUGCCCCCAUUUUGGUCUCUCUGGCCAACAAGGCCAUUUCCUUCGACUGCCAAAUCACCUACCCAGACAGGCCCAGACUCAAGAACUUCACAGCCUUGUACUUUUUUGUGGACCUCCAGAACCAGCAGAGCCCCAGUGAGCAGAUUAAGUGCCCACCCGACCUGGGCAACGAGAACCAGACGCACACUCUGAGAUGCUUGGUCACCCCCCGGCUGCCCAAUGCAUCAGCCACUGGUACCUACUAUUGCUCCGUGGUCUGGCCGGACUUCCAGAAAAUCAGCAAAGGCGUCUUCAUCCUGGUCAGAGACAUGGGGUAUCGACGGCCCCCGCAGGGCUCCCAGCAGCUCCUGCUCUUUUGCUUCACUGGCGUCCUGACUGUGCUGAGCAUCUUGGUCACAGCCCUGCUGCUCUGGAGGAAGAAGAGGAUGCAGGCUCCUCAGAAGCACCCCGCGCAGAAGGGCUCGGACCUGAGCGCCCACAGCCAGCAGCAGCCUCCGGACGAAUCCGUCUACAUGGCCCUACAGCACAGAGACACUGAAAUUGUACAAGUCUCUGUGUGUGGGUGCCCACGAGAGUGA